AUGUUCGGGUACACAGAGCCAUACAUUCGGAACAGGUGCAGCAACUUUCGCCACCGCAAACAGAUUGCCAGAGAAGAGUGUCUCGAGAAGCAGCCGAACAACAACAUGCAACAAGCUUCAGUUCUGACGUGGACAGAAUGGACGGAGAUCAGGAAUGAGAGCAAAGGCGUUGAGACACUUCCGGAGGUUAUGGCGAAGGCCAUGUCGGGCAUCAUCACCCAGGCGGUAGCAGAGGGCUACAAGCGAGGCCACGAAGCGGCGCUGAAGGGGAUGGAAGAGACCAUCGAGAGGGCCGUCGCCAAGGGCACCGAAGAGGGCAUCAAGGGUGCCAUGAAGGAGGUGCAUGAGGCUACCACAGAAGCGACCAAGGAGGUAAUGCGAGACGGCGUAGACCAGGUGGUGGACGGGAUACACCGGCUUCAGAACACGAUCGUCUGGGGCUCCCAUGAGGUGAAAGAAAACGGGAACUGGGGAGCAUGGGAUUCGUGGCAGGACGACGAGGAUACGGCUUCUACCACGUUAAGUGACCCUCCUCGUGAUUUCUACGAGUACUGUGAGCGGACCUGGUAUUAA